GGAGCCGUCGCAGCUUCUCCCCGCCGGGCAGGAGGGGGCUGCCGGGGACGAGGAGACACAAUCGCCGCCGCCGCCGCGUAACCGGAUCCCGCACAGCCAGUGCGCCCGACUUGCCGCCGAGGCUCCUCCGGGCGCGCCAUGGCCGGGUAGCGGGGAGCCGGUGGGGGCGGCCACAAUGCUGCGGGCGCCGGCCCUGGCGAUGCGCUUCGCCCUCCUCCUGCCGCUGCUCGUCGGCCCCGGCUGGCCGGCUCGCGGCAAGGCGCAGCCCGGGGACCCUCCCAGCCCGCAGGAGGUGGUCAUCAAGGUCCAGGUGUAUGAGAACGGCGACCUGUCCCCACUGCCUCAGGCAGCCGUGGAAGUGUAUGGCAACCAGACGUCUCUGGCUUCAGGCGCCACCGACCAUGAGGGUGUCAGCAUGCUCCCCAUCAGCUACCGCCUGGGCACCUGGGUCAUCGUCACAGCCUCCAAGCGUGGUUUUGUUACAAACUCUGUUCCUUGGCGCGUCAACAAGCUGCCACUCUAUGCCUCCGCAGCCUCUAUCUGCUCCCCGAGCGCCCUGCAAACACUCAUCCUCUAUGAUGACCUGGUACAGAUCCUCCUUGGCUCUCCAGGGGCCAAGAGCCAGCCGUGGGCUCAGUUCCAACGCAAAUCCGCCCGCCUGCCCCGCAGCUCCACCUACAGCCAGCUCUCGGCCUCCCUAACCGCCGCCAGUAGUGGGCCGGAUAUGAGGGGCUUCCCAUCUUUCAUCGGGGCUGAAAGCAACGGCAGCGGUAAGGGGACUGGGCCCAGAUCCUGGGUGAAAAAUGCCAACAACACGUGGCUGGAGCUGGUGCCAAUCGUCGCUGUCAGCGUCCACCUCUUCACUGGCAAUGGGACAGAAAUCCAGCUCUCUGGCUCCGUCCACCUCUCUAUCCCGCUGCCGCCUGAUACCGCCGCUGCAGCAGCCACCAGUGUGCCGGCCUGGCGCUUUAACCUCAAGAGCGGUCUAUGGAUUCGGAAUGGGACAGGCCUCAUCCGCAAGGAAGGGAACCAGCUUUACUGGACGUUUGUCUCCCCACAGCUGGGCUAUUGGGCAGCUGCCAUGCUGUCUCCAACAACAGGGCUGGCCAGUGCAGUUGGAGGCAUAAAGGACAUUGCCACCUACCACACAAUUUUCUUGCUCACCAUCCUGGGUGCCCUGGCAUUGCUGGUCCUCAUCCUGCUCUGCCUGCUUAUCUACUACUGCAGGAGGCUGUGCCUGAAGCCACGUCAACAACACAGAAAGCUCCAGCUCUCUGGGGCGCUGGAUGCCUCCAAGAAAGACCAGGCCACCUCCAUGUCCCAGAUCAACCUCAUCUGCACGAGCCACCUGGAGACGGGCUCUUCCAACGGGGACACGGACGUGCACACACCCAUCCUCAAGUCGGCCUUCUCCUCCUCCCGGGAGUUCGAGAGCUCCCGGGAGGAGUUCUUCAAGCAAGUGUCCAGCCAGAAAGCCCGCCACGCCAGCAAGGCCUCCAUGGUGGACACUCUGAGCCAGCGGGGGGCCCUUAAAGAUGGCUACCCUCAAGUGGCAGAGGGCUACUCCCUCAAGGCGGCCCGCUCCAUGGAUGUGCCUGGUGCCCUUGAGCCCCCUCUCCUGGAGGACUACAAGCGCGGCUAUUCCCACCAGUGCACUGAGGACAAGAGCAAGCAGGCGCGCCACGACAGCAAAGGCUACCCGCAGGAGCACCCAUCCCCGCCUCCCUUUGACCAUUACGUGGGCCACAAAGGGGACCCCAAGCCGCCCGAGUUCAUGAUGUCACAGUCCGUGGACCACCUGGCUCGCCCCACCUCCCUGAGCCAGCCUGGGCAGCUCAUCUUCUGCGGCUCCAUCGAUCACAUGAAGGAUUCCAUGUACCGGAAUGUGAUGCCGACGCUCGUCAUCCCUGCCCACUACAUGCGCCUGGCUCCCUCGGACCAGCCUGCGGGGGGUUCCGAGAGCCAGCCAGACCUGGACCCGGGCGGCAUGGGGAUCCCUCACCAGUUCGUGGCCGGGGAGCAGCAGCAGAGGCAGCAGCCGCCGUUCCUGCAGCAGCAGCUGCAGCACCCGCAGUUCCAGCUGCAGCAGCACCCAGGGGAAGAGGGCGAGGGGAAAGGCUGGGGCCCCCACACGCAGUCUGUCAGUGGCUCCGUCACCAUCCCGGUGCUGCUGAACGAAUCCACCAUGGCCCAGCUGAACGGGGAGCUGCAAGCCCUGACGGAGAAGAAGCUGCUGGAGCUGGGUGUGAAGCAGCACCCUCGUGCCUGGUUUGUGUCCCUGGAUGGGCGCUCCUCCCAAGUCCGCCACUCGUACAUCGACCUCCAGGGCAAUGAGAGGAGCCGCAGCAAUGACGCCAGCCUGGACUCCGGGGUGGACGUCAAUGAGGCCAAGCCCCCCAAGAGGUUGAAGGAGGAGCGCCUGGCGCCGCCCGCUAUGGGCCCUGCAUACUCCAAGCUGGUCUUUGCCGACGCCGACACAGAGCCGAGCAGCAGCGAGAGCCGCACCGCCAUCUGCUCCCCCGAGGACAACUCCCUGACACCUCUGCUGGAUGAGAACACCGACCACCGGGCAGCCACCAUCCCCCGGCGAGGGCGCAGCCGCGGAAACAGCUCCCGCAGCAGCAACAGCAACAGCGAGCUGCGCCGUGACUCCAUGACCAGCCCGGAGGAUGACAGCAAUGAGCCUUCAGAAGGGACGGACGACCAGGGGGACAAGAAGAGCCCCUGGCAAAAACGCGAAGAGCGCCCCCUCAUGGUCUUCAAUGUGAAGUAGCAGGUGGAACUGUGC